AUGGCUGCAAGGACGGAACAAGAUCACGACAAGCUCAUGCGACACGCCCUGGCGUUGGCUAAAAGUUCACCGCCAAAGCCGAGCAAUUUCCGGGUCGGGGCCCUCUUGGUCAAUCUCGAUAAUGGGCAAGUUGUCGCUGAAGGAUACACUCUAGAAUGCGAAGGCAACACGCACGCUGAAGAGUGCUGUUUGAUCAAACUCGCGGAGCAGCAUGCCACCAAGGAAGAGGGUCUGGCCGACAUCAUCAACACCCCUCACGCAUUAUACACGACCAUAGAGCCAUGCUUCAAGCGCCUCAGCGGCAAGUUAUCAUGUGUAGAGAGGAUUCUACAACAACAGUCGUGGAUCAGGGAGGUUUAUCUUGGAGUCCAGGAGCCGGAAAAGUUUGUUAGCAAGAAUCCUGGCCGAGAAAUGCUUGAAUCAUCUGGCAUCACAGUGGCGGCGGUGCCGGGAUUUGAGAAAGAGAUUCUCGAGGUUGCGACGGCAGGUCAUGCAUCCGGUGCUUAA